AGCGGAUUUGAGGCAGAGGUUGAAUAUGUUUUCUAAAUCUUUGAAGGGAUUGCUAGUCACCGCCUUCCUGGCUUUGCUAGCUAAUGCUCAGGAUAUCACUUCCAAUACAAUUGAUAGGGGAACAAUUUCAAUAUCCCUUGGAAACACUCAUAUCUACCCAGAUGUUUACUAUUCCAUCAUUGAUGUUGCAGUAGCCUCAUUUACAGGUAGUUUCAAUAAUGAAGGUGGAUUUUACCUCACUUCAGAUAGUUCUUUGAUUGCCUUGACUGCCAGCAUUGUAGGUACCAGUAUUACGAACAGUGGGGAUUGGGCUUUCAAUUCCAUCCAGUCUCUCACCACUCCGGACUUUUAUUUGACUGCAACAAUAUCGUUCAGCAAUACAGGUACCAUGUGGUUUGGGGGUGAUGGACUUGGUGUUCCAAUUAUGAGUGUGUUGGGUCUUUCGUGGGAGAAUGACGGUUUAAUGGUUUUCUCGUUGACCACUCGGUCUACAGGUGAAGUCCUUUUGGGUGCGGCUCUAGGUGUUGGGACUCAAACUAUCACUAAUGAGGGUACCAUCUGUUUGAUUAACCAAGUCUACGAACAAAGUACAAAGAUCGAAGGUUCUGGUUGUAUUGAUAUUGGUGAAGACUCUACUGUGUUCUUAUAUCCAUCUACCUCACUUACAUUCAUCUCUUCGAGCCACUGCAGAAUUGCUUACUCAAACUUAUAA